AGAAAUGAUCAACCAGCAGAUGCUACAUUAGUCGCACACAACCCAAAAACAGGUAAACCUGACAGCUGCUAAAAAACCUAGCAGCUUUAGACAACCACAUGACAUGCUAACUGCAGGGCACACAAACCGAGUACCUCCACGUUAGCAUAAACAAAAAAUAGCCUGUGGUCUAAAGCAGUGGACGCUGGGAUAUCAGAGGAAAAGUCUCCAGAGAGGAAAAUAUUUCUUCCACAGAUUCUUCCUGAAAUGACAUGUUAGCUUGGCUUGCUAACAGAAUGCUACAAGGGCAACUGUGGUAGCCUAGCAACAAGUAUGGUAGAGUUAGCAAUAGCAGUAGCUGUUAAAUGUGCUAACAAAGAGUUUAAAAAAACCCCAAAGAAACUGUAAUAUUGUUUAAAUCAGAAAAUUAUCACAGUAGAUAUUGGAAAAUGUUAUCAAAUUAGCCGACUGUUAAAGGCUAAGUGUUAAUAGGUGACAAAGCCCUAAUAAUCCUUUUAGGAUGCUUAUGAAAAAUUAUUAGAAAGUAUAAAGACCAAUUAAGUGUUAAAAUAGCAGAGAAUGUUCUACAAAAACGUACAUAGUGUAUAGCCUACAAUUGAGCACGUGUUUGAAAAAAUGCACACAAUAAUUAUUUACCAAAUUCAAAUGGAACUUGACCGAGCCAUUUGGAAGAGAGAGUGAAGCUGUCUUACUCUCUCUCCCUCCUCCUCUCUCUCUCUCCACUCAGCUCACUCUCUCGAUCCCUCUCUCUCUCCUUUUGAUCACUUCGGGUCCCUUGCUCCACUCCCUCUCCCUCACUCCUACACUGCUCUGUCACUCACUCACGCUCUCGUACCAGCUCUCCCUGGGCACCAUCUCCACCAUCGGAGGUCCUCAGUGUGCCUGCGUUUUGCCAGGUGGACGCACUCCCCGCAGUCACCAUUUCCACCCCGGAGAGUUCCACGGUGGCUGCGCAGCCCCUUCCCCGGCUGAGCAUCGGGCGGAAGACCCUGGUGGCAGCUGCUGUGGGGGUCAUGCUGGUCCUGGUGCUGGUGGUCCUCAUCCCUGUGCUGGUGAGCUCCGUCGGCACAGGCGGUGCAGAUGACAGCGCGGGCCACUUCGAGAUGCUGGGCACCUGCCGGAUGGUUUGUGACCCCUUUCCCAGCACGGGCACGGCGGGCACAGGUGCGCAGACGGGAACAGAUACAUCAACCCCAGGCCUUCAGGUGGACAACGAUGCCGAUCUGAGUGACCACAGCAUCGGCCCACCGCUGCCUACUUACAGCGCUCAUGGCCCACAAGGCAAGCCGGGGCGUCCGGGCAAGCCUGGACCCCCAGGACCACCUGGAGAGCCGGGUCCACCAGGACCCAAGGGACCACCGGGAGAUGGUGUUGACAUUGUACGGACUGGGAUUCUAGGAGCAGUGAGCACAACCACCUACAACACCACACCUCGAGUGGCAUUUUACGCAGGACUACGAAACCCCCAAGAAGGUUACGAUAUUCUACGAUUCGAUGACGUGGUGACUAACAUUGGUGGCAACUACGAGGGCGCUACAGGCAAGUUCACCUGUAAGAUCCCUGGCACCUACUUUUUCAUCUACAACGUGCUGAUGAGGGGAGGAGACGGCACCAGCAUGUGGGCUGACCUGAUCAAGAAUGGUCUGGUCAGGGCGAGCGCCAUCGCCCAAGACCAGGACCAGAGUUAUGACUACGCCAGCAACAGUGUCAUCCUUCAUUUGGAUGCGGGCGAUGAGGUUUUCAUAAAGCUGGACGGAGGCAAGGCUCACGGGGGCAACAGCAACAAGUACAGCACCUUCUCAGGGUUCAUCCUCUAUGCCGACUGAAGACUGGGACAGGGACGUGGGCGCCGAGGUGAAAGGUCACGGCCGGAGGACAUUCACUUCCUGACUUUCACUUGCCUCUCGCAGUAAGGUUGGCGUUGCCCACGGCCACCGAUCCGCAGUCAGAUUGUUUUAACAGAUGUGUGAGGUCGGCGUCUACACAGCGAUUAAGGCUGUGGAUCUGUGGCUGUCGGUAACCGUCUACCUCCUCAUCCAUACGUUUCCAUUGUAUACAGGGUGCCUAUGCUGCUAUUCUGACGGACGCGGGCGACAUAGCGGUGACAGUCACUGCCAUGUGUCACGCUGAGGUGCAUUAACAGUCCUGACAGUGAGGAAGCAUCGCCAUCAUUUUCGAGCUGUCAUUUCAAAUACAAGUCCAGGGGGAUCCAACGGUGGUGGCGACUGGCGGUGUUUUUGUAAAUGUGCUGUUUAGAUUGAUGUUUUCUCUCUCAUGCUGUUUGUAUGAUAACAUGUUGUGCUCCGACGACUGAGGAGAUAAUUAUAUUCCGUCCCAUGACGCGCUAAUUUGUCAAAUAUCGGACGCCGUGACGAGAUUCCACUCGUAUUGAACGCCGGUGUCACAAAGUGUUUCGCGUCUCGGUGUGAUGAAUUGGAAAAUUACGUCAUAACAGUCCAUUAUAUAUAUCGUUCGUGUAUAAACUGUACAUUUGAUAUUGAAUCUUGAUGUCUGAACACAAAUUAGUGUACAUAAAACCGCGUUGUGUGUCUGUUCAAGAAUAUAGCUGUCGACAGAUAGUUGUGAUGGUUAUUGUGCUGAUUUGUAAAGAUGAAUUUAUUUGAUUCAUGCAUGCAACACCUGUUGAAAAUGUUCUGUAUGUGUCCAUGAAUGCUAAAGAGAAAUACAUUGAUUUUAAAUGAUGUUUAAAUA